AUGGAAAUCCUCUCACUGACGCUACAACCGACGAAGGCGUUCAUCUUAGUACAGGUCUGUGCGCUCAAUUUGGAGGGAAAAUAUGACACCUUCCUUGAGGAAGUGCAUUGUGCUUUGUCCAUAGUGCUGAAUACAGAGUCCGUCAUACUCAUGGACGAUUCUAAUGCGCAUGUCGGAGUAGACGCUGAAAAGUGGAACGGCGUGAUUUGA